UAGUACGUGGUCAAACUAACAUCAUCUCCAGUCAGUGUAUACACGUGGGUCCUUAUUUCCACUUACCAAGUAGUAUUCACUGGUUUUUCUUCGUUCGACGAGUUUUUGCAUGGUCUUGAACGGUUCGGUUACGAUCGGUCGGUGUUUGCCCGCGAGCGUACGAAUCUUUUGGCCUCAAAAUCAACAGCGGGACUUUCUUGUCGCACGACACCGAAGAAGAGCGUAACUUCUUUCUACCAUAAUACAUUCCGUGAUGUGCAUGUACUCGGUACAUGCAAACUAUUAAAUUUACCUACGUCUGCCGAUCGUUUGAUAAUUUUUCGCAAAUAUUCGUGCAUGCACGGGAUUACGGUAGAAGUGAAAUUUUCUGUGAUCAUUGAAAACUCGAAACGGAGUCACGUUGAUUUACUUCGGGGUCAGGCACGGGGAUAUCAUCUUUGUAUGUGUAUACAUCGGAUUUAAUGAUCGAACCUACAAUUGUUUACAAGGAGAGAUAGUUCGAAUAUGUCAGCUACCAUUUCGAAGAUACUGAGCGGCAAUGUUGGGAAUGGGACCAAUGUAAAUUACGAUAAAGAUCGUGACGUAGAAAAGGGUGAACUUCGUUCAAACGUCGCAGGCCUCUCGCCGUCGAACUGUUCACGGCCGGCGUCUUCGUCGCGGACGUCGACGUCGGCCGAGAGCAGGGUCGAGCUCGAGGAUAAACUAAGGAACAGCAGCAGCAGGUCAAAUGUGUCGAGCGUCGCGGUGGAAGUGGAAAUCGGAACAGCGAACAAUGAACCAAUAGGAGUGGGGACAGAGGCGAUCACGACGACAACAACGCCAAAGACGAGGACGCGCACGGAAAGAGGAACGGAAAGGAGCGCAGCCAGCCGGUGGAAGGCAGUCGGCCGCCUGCUUCGCCGCUUGGCAUUCAUCAUGUUUCUGAUAUCGAGUUUGGUUGCCUGUUUGGCUCUGCUGGCCAUAUACGCAGGCUCCAUUUUCCUCGUGCAGCUACUGGCCGUGGUUCUUGUCGCGUAUUUAGUCUCCGGAGGACGUUUCCGAUGGUUCUACGUUGCCCUGAAAACUGCACCCAGAGACAUUGUAGCUAUUUCACGAUAUGCGAAAGUUCUUUGGACCAUCCGCAGUCACGAGAAGAAAAACAGAGGCGUUGCUGAUGUAUUUCGACAAUAUGUUAAUCGACAUCCCAAUAAAGUUUGUUUCAUUUCCGAAGAUCAAGAAUGGACGUUCCAACAGGUGGAGGAUUAUAGCAAUAAAGUUGCUACGAUAUUCAAAACGCAUGGAUAUCAUAAAGGGGAUGUGGUCGGCAUACUGUUGGAGAAUCGGGUGGAAUUCGUUCCCCUUUGGCUUGGACUCAGUAAGCUGGGAGUAAUAGUACCACUUCUUAAUACCAACCUUCGGAAAGCUUCUCUUCUGCAUAGUAUCAACGUGUCCAAGUGUCAAGCUGUUAUUUAUGGAGUGGAUUUUAUUGAUGCUAUGUCAGAUAUUAUGGGCUCAUUGGACUCAAAUUUUCCAUUGUAUAGAAUCGGUAAUUUACCAGAUUCUAAACCAUCAAAGUUAAAUGAUAAAGACUUGAUUGCUAUCAUGGCCGACGUUUCUCCGACUCCACCACUUCUUCAAGAGAAGGGCUGUUACAACGAUCAAUUAUUAUACAUUUUCACUAGUGGCACAACUGGUCUUCCUAAAGCUGCAGUUAUAACAAAUUCUAGGUUUAUGUUUAUGGCAACGGGUAUAUUUAUGAUGGCAAAAUUUAAAAAUUCAGAUAGAAUCUAUACACCAUUGCCAUUGUAUCAUACUGCUGGUGGUGCAAUGGCCAUUGGUGCAGCUCUUCUUCAUGGAGCUACAGUUAUAAUUAGAAAAAAAUUUUCUGCUAGUGCUUAUUUCACUGAAUGCAUCAAAUAUAAGUGUACAAUUGCUCAGUAUAUCGGGGAAAUGUGUAGAUAUAUUUUAGCUGUACCUCCGAAACUGGAAGAUAAGCAACACAAUGUUAGACUGAUGUUUGGAAAUGGUUUGAGACCACAGAUAUGGCCCGAAUUCAUAGAACGAUUUAAUAUUCCGCAAAUUGCGGAAUUUUAUGGAGCAACAGAAGGAAAUGCUAACAUCGUAAAUAUCGAUAACACUGUUGGGGCCAUUGGUUUUGUGUCUCGAAUAAUUCCAUCAGUUUAUCCUAUUUCUAUUUUAAAAGUUAAUAGUGAUGGAGAACCAAUAAGAAACGCGAAAGGCUUAUGUCAGGAAUGUGAACCAAAUGAACCAGGUGUUUUUGUUGGAAAAAUUUUACCCAACAAUCCAUCUAGAGCAUUUUUAGGAUACGUGGAUCAGAAAGCGUCCGAGAAGAAAAUUGUUCGUGAUGUGUUUACCAAAGGCGAUUCAGCAUUUAUAUCUGGUGAUAUUUUAAUAGCGGAUGAAUUCGGUAAUUUAUAUUUUAAAGAUAGAACAGGUGAUACCUUUAGGUGGAAAGGAGAAAAUGUAUCUACGUCUGAAGUUGAAGCUAUUAUCAGUAAUGUUAUUAACUAUAGAGAUUGCAUUGUAUAUGGAGUCGAGAUUCCAGGUCUUGAAGGCAAAGCUGGAAUGGCAGCAAUAUAUGACGAAAAAGCUACGUUAGAUAUCACUCGAUUAUCAGUUGAUUUAAAGGAGCAUUUAGCAACUUACGCAGUACCUAGAUUUAUUAGGAUUUUAACGAAAAUUGAUCUCACGGGUACAUUCAAAUUGAAAAAGAAAGAUCUUCUAGAUGAGGGAUAUAAUCCAAAAAGGAUAGAAGAUAAAUUGUACUAUUUAAAUGAAAAAUUGGGAUACCAAUUAUUAACCACCGAAAUUUAUGACCAGAUUCAACAAGGAAAAAUUCGUCUUUAAAUUAUGUUUUGAAAUAAAAACAAAAAU